AUGUCCUCAAGAAGGAAUGAGACACGACAAGGAAAACAAUUGGAAGAGGGAGCAAGAACUAAUCUGACAGUCCACAAACUUGUUUCAACCAGUGAGACCAUUAGGUCUGGAUGUUUUCAGAGAAAGAGAGAAAGUGAGAACAAUGUAGCCUCUUACUUUAAUAGAAGGCUAAAAGGUAAGAGAAGGGAUGAUCGACAAGCUCCAAUGCGAGCACUUGCUCAGCCUGUGCCAGUGCAAGCUCCUUUGUACUACCCACGACCUGUGGUUCCCACAAUGGCACCAAUUGGCUUGCCUUAUGCACCAUAUUCCAGCUAUCUGGUGCCUACUACUCUGUAUCCACAAUAUCCACUCCAACAUCCUCCGAAAAUAUUGCAAUAUCAACCGCAUCCACUGUAUGUGCGCCAAUCAGUACAGCAACCUCCAAAGUAA